AUGGUUUGUCCUUUUGACCAUCUCAAUCGCGAAACAUUCCUUUAUGGCUUUCUGGCCCCCAUACUCGACUAUAUGCUCCGCAUCCGCCUACAUGUUGAGCCCUCUCGAACCCAAGAUGUCAUUUCCAAAGUUCUUGCCCUUCAUGGAGCUCUUGCUGCCAUAUGUAGCCCCAUUAUAGGGUAUUUUGCAGAAUGUACCUCAGACCGCAAGACCCCGCUGUUGUUGUCCCUUGCUUUCUGUAUUAUCGGCACUUAUAUGAUUGCUGCUGCCACUUCAACACCGAUCCUGUACCUAGGUCGGGCAAUGCAAGGAAUUGCAGGCUCUACUGUGUGGAUUAUCGGUUUUGCAACCGUUACUGAGACCGUUAGCUCAGACAACAUAGGGACGGCGAUAGGAUUUACGUUCUCUCUGGCCAGUGCAGGAACUAUCUGCGGUCCGGCACUCUCUGGGUUGCUUUUUGAGACCGUGGGGUACUGGAAGACAUGGUCGGUGCCGCUCUCGAUCCUAAUUAUAGACUUAGCUGCGCGCGUUGUGAUGAUCGACAAUCGAUCUGAAACUUCCGUACCAAGUCGCAGCGAAGAUAUUGCAAACUCUGCAACUCCUUUGUGCGCACGAAAACAUGAGGAGAGUUCAUCAGGUGAUAGCUUCUGGCGUGAUAUAGUGUGCAAUCACCGUGUCCUGAUCAAUCUAUUCUUGAUGGUCACAGGUACCACGAUUUUGAACAGCUUUCAUUCGACACUUCCUCAACAUGUCCAGCAGACGUUUGGAUGGGGCCCAAGCACUGCUGGCUUCCUAUUUGCAGGCCUUGUUGCCCCCGGUGUUAUUGUUGGACCCAUCGCUGGUUGGGCCCGUGAUAAGUACGGGGGCCAACCUGUUCUGACCAUCGCCUCUAUUCUCCAGGCAAUGUCCUUCUUCUCUCUUGGUAUAGCCGGGAGCGAUUUCUCUCCCUAUGUGAGUGCCCAAAUCGGAGGAAAAACCAUUUAUGUUUCUUCCAUUCUCGCUACUGGCCUCUUGCGGCCAUUUGCUGUUAACAUCGCAGCAGCCGAAUUGGCCGCUGCUGGCAGAGCAACGCAAGAAAGGGCACAAAGCAAUGCUGGGUCAAAAGGAUCCCUGCUGCGUGUGUUCGCCAUGAUGGACACUGCUGCUUCCGUGGGGAUGGCCAUUGGGCCAAUGCUAGGUGGUCUUUUAACAAAGUCACUUGGUUAUAAGUAUAUGAGUUGGACAUGCAGUAAGUCAUCCAAAAUCGCAGGAAUUCCUUUACUCAUGCUCCUAGGUCUUCUGUAUUGUAGUAUUGCUGUGGUUUCCAAGCUUUUCUUGUGA